AACCAGUAACACGGAAGUCUCAUUGAGAAGGCGUUAGCACAAGGCUGUGUUUGCUUAACAAGAACGCCACCCAGCAUUGCGGGAGCCGCAACAAGAGCGAACUAUCCAAAACUCCUCUUAGCUACGAAGGAAAUAACAGCUGCCAAGGCGAGCAGCUUUAAAUCUUGGAAAUCAAACUCAGGACAGAGGACAGACUCUGAGAAGCUUUUGGCAUUUAGUCAAUUGAUUUAAAACUGACCCGUACUGCAAAAGAAUCUCAUCGUCUUCCUAUUUACUCGGAACGGAUUCAUCUUCAGUCUUUACUUCCUUCCUUGGAUUUGACUACUCUUAUGCCUGCUUUCAACCUCAGUCUUCCGUUUUGCGGUACCCUGCACACCCGUAUUUAUUACGGACACGGAUCCUUCGUACUACUUCUAAUCACAACCUCUUGUUAAGAUUAAGUAGAGAGAAAUAAAGCUGUAUUCAGCAGUUGCAGAUAUUGAUAAAGAAUGAACAUAAAGGAUCCAAAAGUGACAGAAGGGGGCCUCAAUGUCACUCUCACUAUACGCCUUCUUAUGCAUGGAAAGGAGGUUGGCAGCAUUAUUGGAAAGAAAGGUGAAACAGUUAAGAAGAUGAGGGAGGAGAGUGGAGCUCGAAUCAACAUCUCUGAAGGCUCCUGUCCAGAAAGAAUUGUGACUAUAACAGGCCCUACAGACGCAAUUUUUAAAGUUUUUUCUAUGAUUGCAGUAAAGUUUGAAGAAGAUAUCAGUGCUUCAAUGUUGAACAGUACAGUGACAAGCAAACCACCAGUAACGUUGCGACUUGUAGUACCUGCAAGCCAGUGUGGAUCUCUUAUAGGGAAAGGAGGAUCCAAAAUCAAAGAGAUCAGGGAGUCCACAGGAGCCCAAGUACAGGUUGCAGGCGAUAUGUUACCAAACUCUACAGAACGUGCUGUAACUAUAUCGGGUACUCCCGAAGCUAUUAUUCACUGUGUAAAGCAAAUCUGUGUGGUUAUGCUAGAGUCUCCACCCAAAGGGGCCACAAUUCCUUACCGUCCCAAACCUGCCCCUGCACCCCUAAUCUUUGCCGGUGGCCAGGUAAGAGCAGACACCAUUUUGGCUUCAACUGGAAACCACACCAUCUUGGCCCAACCUCAGACAACGCCUGCAUUCACAAUUCAAGGACAGUAUGCCAUCCCCCAUCCAGAUCUGACCAAGCUUCAUCAGUUGGCUAUGCAGCAUCCCCCCUUUACUCCCCUUGGGCAGAACACACUUGGCUUCCCUGGAUUAGAUACCAGUGCUCCAGCCGGUUCCCAUGAGCUUACUAUUCCCAAUGAUCUAAUAGGUUGCAUUAUUGGCAGACAAGGUAGCAAGAUAAAUGAAAUCAGGCAAAUGUCAGGAGCGCAGAUCAAGAUUGCAAAUGCGGCAGAAGGUUCAGGAGAACGAAAAAUAACAAUCACAGGAUCACCUGCAAACAUCAGUCUAGCACAGUACCUCAUUAAUGCAAGCUUAGAGAUGGCUAAAUUCAGCACCCAGACUGCUUCCGUCAUGACCCCUGUUGACCUCAACAUGAAUCUUUCUCAGUCUGCCACCCCUAUCUCCACCCCCACCUCUGUGGCUGUCUUGGCUGCAUCAGCAACUGUUCCCAUGGUUAAUGUUAGCACUCCUUCCCCUUUACCAACUUUAUCAACAACCCACUAUGCUGUUCCUAUUUCUAACCUGCUUGGCAUGAAAGCUGUCUCACUCUUGGCAUUAAAUGCCUCUGGGGCUACAGGAAACGUGUCUGCAUAUACAACUAAAAUUCCAUCAACAAGUGAAAUUAAGAAAUCUGAUCGCCAAAAGUUGGCUCCAUAUUGAAAGGCAGCAUGGAUUU